AUGGCUUCGCCUGUUCUGUAUCUUAUACUAUCUUUAGCCUUUUCUUUCCCACUUUCAUCUUCAACACUAGAUGCUAUGAGUAAAGGCACAUCCCUUUCCAUAGAGAAACCUGAAGUUUUGAUAUCACCAAAUGGUGCUUUCUCUGCUGGCUUUUACUCUGUGGGUGAUAAUGCUUUUUGCUUUGCCAUUUGGUUUAGCAACUCACGCACCGUAGUUUGGAUGGCGAACCGUGACCAGCCAGUAAAUGGAAAGCGCUCAAAGCUAUCCCUCCAAAAAAAUGGCAAUAUACUCUUAACUGAUGCCGGAAAGUUCACUGUUUGGGCCACAAACACUGUCUCACUCUCCUCAGUACAAUUGUCUCUCUACAACACUGGUAAUCUUGUUUUACGUAAUUUAGAAGGUGUUAUUUUGUGGGAAAGUUUUGACUCCCCUACAGAUACACUUCUUCCUCGACAACAACUCACUAGAAACACAAAGCUUGUCUCCUCAAGCAGCCACACCAACUAUUCCUCUGGUUUCUAUGAGCUUUUCUAUGAUAACGAUAACCUUCUUCGCCUUCUUUUCAAUGGUCCUGAUGUUUCCAGUAUUUACUGGCCUGACCCAUGGCUUGUAAGUUGGGAGACAGGAAGAACCUCGUAUAACAAUAGUAGAAUUGCUGUCCUAAAUUCUUUAGGGAACUUUAGUUCAUCCGAUGAUUUUAAUUUUAUGUCAAAUGACUAUGGGGCAAUGCUUCAUAGAAGAUUGACACUUGGUUACGAUGGCAAUAUUCAAUUGUAUAGUUGGGAAGAGGAGAGGCAAACUUGGGUUGUUUCAUGGCAAGCCAUUCAAAGACCUUGCACAAUUCAUGGUGCUUGUGGGGUAAACGGUUUGUGUAGUUAUGUUACUGGUUCUAGUAGGAAAUGUUCUUGUCUUCCGGGAUACAAGAUGAAAAGUAGUACUGAUUGGAGUUAUGGGUGUGAACCAGAAUUUGAUCUCUCUUGCAACAAAAAUGAGUCUGACUUUUUGCUGCUAUCCCAUGUUGAAUUCUACGGGUAUGAUUUUGGGUUAUUUCCAAAUUACACGUUUGAUCAAUGUACGAAUCUAUGCUUGCAAGCAUGCAAUUGCAGAGCAUUCCAAUACACCUUUCGCUAUGAUACUGGCUCUUGGAAUUGUUACCCUAAAACAUUAUUGUUGAAUGGAUAUCAUUCUUCAUAUUUCAUAGGAGACAUCUAUUUGAAACUGCCAAAAAGCAAAUACGAUUCAUACGUCAAUCAUGCAGAAAAAUUCAGUUUAGUUUGCUCAAAUGAAGGUACGAUAGAGUUGGCUAGAACGUACGUAAAAAACCGUGAAAAUGGGGCAGUGAAAUUCAUGCUCUGGUUUGCCUGUGGAGUAGGAGGACUUGAAGUUAUAUGUAUCUUUGUGGUGUGGUGUCUUUUGAUUAGAACCCAAAAAAGUCUAGGUGCAGACAAGCAAGGCUAUGUUAUUGCUGCCACAGGAUUCAAAAGUUUUACCUAUGCUGAGCUAAAAAGGGCCACAAAGGGUUUUACUGAAGAGAUUGGAAGAGGUGCGUGGGGAGCUGUAUACAAAGGAGUAUUGUCUGAUAAGCGAGUUGCAGCAAUCAAGCGUCUCAAUGAAGCCGACCAAGGAGAAGGUGAAUUUUUAGCUGAAGUAAGUAUCAUUGGAAGGAUUAACCACAUGAACUUAAUAGAGAUGUGGGGCUAUUGUGCUAACGGAAAGCAUAGGCUUCUGGUGUAUGAGUACAUGGAGCAUGGUUCUUUAGCCGAAAACCUCUCGAUCGGCACACUUGAUUGGAAGAAAAGGUUUGAAAUUGCUCAAGGCAUUGCAAAAGGCCUAGCUUAUUUGCAUGAGGAGUGCUUGGAAUGGGUUUUACAUUGUGAUGUAAAACCUCAAAACAUACUUCUAGAUUCCAAUUAUCAUCCAAAAGUGGCAGAUUUUGGCUUGUCUAAGCUACAAAAUAGAGGUGUCAUUCCUAAUUCAACAUUCUCAAAGAUGAGAGGAACUCGAGGCUAUAUGGCUCCAGAGUGGAUUUUUAAUCUUCCUAUUACCUCCAAAGUAGAUGUUUAUAGUUAUGGAAUUGUUGUGUUGGAGAUGGUGACCGGAAAGAGUCCAACUAGAAGUGUUCAUGAUAUAAAUGAAGGUGUGGAGAUAGAACAUGAAAGGCUAGUUACAUGGGUUAGGGAAAAAAAGAAUGGAGAGAUGGAAAUUUUGGUUGAAAUGGCUCUGCAAUGUGUAGAGGAAGACAAAGAUACAAGACCCACCAUGAGCCAAGUGGUUGAAAUGCUUCUUUACCAUGAAAAUGACUACCCAGUGUUGGUAUUGUUGCUACCCGCGUCUCAUUAACAAAAAAAACCUUAAACUGAGAUUUACUUCUCCCACUGAGAGUCUCCGUGGAAGCCAUCUUCUUUUACUUUCUCCCACUGAAAGAGUCACCGUGUUCUGCCUCUCGCAUCUCGCCUCUCGCCUCCCACAUCGACGCAGCCCACAUCGACGCACGCCCACAACAAAGCAGGGUGAUGACCGUGCAUGUAAGUUCUUUAAAUGGUUGGACACCAACACUUGCACGCGUGGCACAGCCACAACACCUAUUGUGUUAGCAAAAUUUCGACGAUUGGAGCACGAGGUGGAACUUGCUAAUGAAGAGUUGAAGCAAGCACGUGCCAUGGGAGAAGCUGCAAAACGAAGGGUUGAAAUAGCUAAGGUUACGCACAGGAUUUUCGAAGAGAAAGCGGAGAAAUUCAAGAUAGUUCUAGUAAUAUCAUGGAUGAUGUUUGGAGUACUGCUUAUUUUGUCUACUAAGUUUGGGGAUGUUAGAAGCAGUCAAAUGUAUUUGCCUGGAUGAGUUGGUUAUGUACGUUAAAUGAGAAUUGGAGAUCAUUUGUAUCAUAAUGGUACAAGUUCAUGUACCAAUUUUUGUAUUGCAAAGUAUUGAAUAGUUUAGUUCAAGUAAAUCAAGCUAAAGGACUUUGCAAUUAGUUCAA